AUGAACUUGAUCAACACAGCUCUGGAGGACAAUGUCACUUUUCAGCGUCCAGCACAGUUCUACAUCCUAGGGUUUUCUGGAAUCCCUAACCUGACUUAUUACUUUGUCUUCCUGUUUGUCAUCUACAUCGUGUCCGUGCUAGGCAACACAUUGGUCAUGACUGCUAUAUAUGUGGAGAGCUCUCUCCGUACCCCCAAGUAUCUCAUUUUCUUCAACCUGGCAUUCGUGGACCUUUGUCGAAUCUCCAUCCUGGCCAUCCUGCUGCUGGACACCUACCUGAUCAACAACCAGUUCAUCUCCUACAAUAAAUGCAUGACCAACAUGUUAUGUACUUACGUGACUCUAGCCAUGCAGUCUUUCAACCUGACCAUGUUGGCAUACGACAGGCUGGCGGCCAUCUCCUUCCCUCUGCGCUAUCACACACUGGUGACGAGUAAGACCAUGAGCGCGUUCACCGGCGCAGUGUGGCUCGUCAGCAUCCUGUUCAACCUCAUCAACGCCGGCGCCAUCACCAGGAUGACCUUCUGCCGGUCGCUGGUCAUCCAGAGCUACGUCUGUGACCACGGUUCCCUGUUCCGCCUGGCGUGCAAUUCCAACAGCUAUUAUUUGACCCUGCGCUUGAUCACUCCAGUUAUCAUCGUUUGGCUUCCUUUCGGGUUCAUCAUCGUGACGUAUGUGUCUAUUGGUGUGGCCUUGCGCCGGGUCUCUACAAACCAGGGCAGGUUGAAAGCUGUGAGGACGUGCACGACUCAUCUGAUGUUAGUCGCGUUGUUCUACUUACCGUUAACGAUGACUUUUUUUCUAGGGGAAGGGGUCUCCAUCAACACCAAAUGCUUUUACUUGUCUCUGACCACAGCUCUCCCUCCCAUGCUGAACCCCAUUAUAUAUGUGCUGAAGACAGAAGAGUUCAAGGUCUCGGCUAUGAAGCUGGUGAAAACCAGCUCGAGCUUUCUGAAAUUUUGA